AUGGACACAGCAGCAGUGGUGACCCUUUUGGUGGUGUUCAUGGUGCUAGCGGGCGGCGUCAGCCACGGUCUCCACAUCCAAGAUGGUCUGGACCACAACGAGGAGGCGCCAAGCAGCUCAGAGGAAAGCAUGGACAACCAACUGCCGGAGCUGGAGCGCAUCAAAGCAGACAACAGUAUGAACGAUCGUCUGCUGACGGCGCUGCUCAAAGCUCUGCUGCUGGGGUCUCAGAGACAAACCAGGAACUCUGUCCUCCAUCAGCCCCAGAGGUUUGGUCUCCCCUCCAGAGGGCCGCUCUUUUUGGAGGAUCAGAUGAAUUCCCCUGACUGGGAAGCGGCUCCUGGCCAGAUCUGGAGUAUGGCUGUGCCCCAGAGGUUUGGCAAGAAAUAGCGUAUAUAAACCCCGAAACGACC